UCUCUCUCUGGCUCACUUUCUCCCUCCUCUGUCCCUCUCAUGUAGCUUACCUUCUCCUCCGCUCUGGCUGGGCGUCUGUCUGCUGCUUUGGCCUUUUCACUCUCUUUACUUUGCCAGUUUUUUUUUUUUCUUUUUUGAAGGUUGUUUUGUGCUCCAUGUUGUAGUCUUUCCAGUUCUCUCUCUCUGUCUCUCUCUGUCUCUCUCUGUCUCUCUCUGUCUCUCUCUGUCUCUGCCUCUCUGUCGGUGUGCUGAGUCCCCUCCUUCUCUGUUGGCUACCCUCGCUCUGCCUCUCAUCUGCCUUCGCUCUCUUCUACCCUCGCUCUGCCUCUCAUCUGCCUUCGCUCUCUUCUACCCUCGCUCUGCCUCUCAUCUGCCUUCGCUCUCUUCUACCCUCGCUCUGCCUCUCAUCUGCCUUCGCUCUCUUCUACCCUCGCUCUGCCUCUCAUCUGCCUUCGCUCUCUUCUACCCUCGCUCUGCCUCUCAUCUGCCUUCACUCUCUUCUACCCCCAACCUCACCCUUUCUCUCAGGUUUCUCUCAUCUUGGUCUCACUAAUGUCUUUCUCUCUCAAUGGUGUCUUCUCAGCUUGAACUCUGAUUCAUCUCUCUAUCUCUGUCUCUCUCUCUCUGUGUCUCUCUCUCGUGAGUCAUGGGGAAGACAGAGUUGUACUCGGUCUAUAAGAGAUGUCUGGACUGUUUAUGCCUCUGCUUUUCUCGGCGCAGCCGUGAGGGACCAGGCAGGAAGGGGAGCGACAGAGAGAAAGGUCACCUGGUGUACCAGCCUGGAGAUCUCCUGCAGGAAAGAUAUGAAGUUGUUAGCACGCUAGGGGAGGGCACCUUCGGCAAGGUCAUUCAGUGUGUGGAUCAUGAAAGGGGUGGGUCUUGUAUAGCUCUGAAGAUCAUCAAAAACAUGGAGAAGUACAGGGAAGCUGCCAAACUGGAGAUCCAUGCUCUGGAGACCAUCCAGGAGAAAGACCCACACAACAAACAUCUGUGUGUCCGGAUGCUGGACUGGUUCGACUUCCACGGACACAUGUGCAUCUCCUUCGAGCUUCUGGCCCUCAGCACCUUCGACUUCCUGAAGCAGAACAACUUUCUGCCCUAUCCCAUGGCCCACAUACGUCACAUGGCCUACCAGAUCUGCAAAGCCAUCAACUUUCUCCAUGACAACAAUCUGACUCACACAGACCUAAAACCAGAAAACAUCCUCUUUGUGAACUCUGACUACACUGUCUUGUACAACGCUGAGAAGAAGUGUGAGGAGAGGAGGGUGAGGGACACCUCGGUGAGGGUGGUGGACUUUGGCAGCGCCAUCGACCAGGAGCAUCACUCUGUGGUCAUAUCCACCCGCCACUACCGCGCCCCUGAGGUCAUCCUGGAGCUGGGCUGGAAGCAGCCCUGUGAUGUCUGGAGUUUAGGCUGCAUUCUGUUUGAAUAUUACCAAGGUUUCACCAUGUAUCAGACUCAUGACAAUAUUGAGCACCUGGCAAUGAUGGAGAGAAUACAUGGACCGCUACCUAUCAGGAUGAUACCUAGGAGCAGGGCUAACGGGAAGCAGAAACUCUUCACCCGAGGGAGGCUGAACUGGAACGAGAACUCCAAGGAAGGGAAAUAUGUCAAAGAGAAAUGCAAACCACUGAGGGUGAAAUACCAGCUGUCGAAGGGUAUAGAGCACCAUCAGUUGUUGGAUCUGUUGGAGAGGAUGUUGGCGUACGAGCCCUCCAGACGUCUCCCCCUGUCCUCCGCCCUCCGUCACCCCUUCUUCCUGCCCCUCCAGGAGGUCAGACGAAGCCACGUCUGGGACAAACAGCCCGGACAUCAGCACAUGACCCGGCGGCACCUUGGCUCUUCUGACCUUUGACCCCUAGUUUGGCUGUGGACAUGUUAGCUGAUAUGUGGACUCCCUGAAACCAAGUGUUUCCUUCUUCUAUCUACCUCUUCACCCAUCCCUCUUUUCUCCCCGGCGUGGGAUUCAUUACUGAACAGCAAAGGGAGGAUAAUCAUUUGAAGACAUUGUUUGACAGUCACCAACGGCCAAUCAAAAUUGCUGUGAGAAUAAAUUGAGAAUCCUGAUUGGAUGGAAGCGAGUGCGCGGGUGCGAUGAGCCGAGGUUCCACUCUCACUUGACAGAGCCUGACCUUGAUCCUGCUGGAGCACACACACACACCACACACACACACACACACACACACACACACACACACACCACAC